AUGGUUCGUCGAGACAAGGUGGACGACAUUGACCUGUCGAUCCGCUUCAAGUAUGGAGUUCACAGCAUCUUCCUGUUUGUAGACUCCAACUCUCAGUUCUCAGACAUCGCAUCGGAGCUGCUGGAAAUAAUAAAGGAGCGCUUCCCCGACGGUCUGAAGGCAGACAGAGAGGCUCCGCCCGUCGCCGUCCCAGACGACUCAUCUAGCAUCGAGUUUGCUGUUCUGACGGUCCCGAGCGAUCCCAGCCAGGGCUGGACCCCGCUCCGUGCUGCCCCCGAUGACAAGCCCUUGGCCAAGGGCCUAAAAGACAACCAGAUUGUCGCAUUUGCGUUUCGCGAUGAGGAUGCCGAAGACGUUGACGAAGAGGGCUUCCAAGUUGCUUUCCCGACCUACGAGGAAGAAGAGAUGGAGGAAUAG